UACGUCGUCUGCACUCUGUUUGCACUUGGUGAAUUAACAGCUGAGCAAGAGACAAUUGUCAAUUGAUUUUAUCACUUGCUUAACGUACCGAGCACGUCGAGCAACGACACUGUUUUUGACGCGCGCUGAAAUAUAUUAAAUAGUCUGUCAACAUUCGGAGAAAAAUGUCAAAGAUCGAAGAGGGGAAUGCGCACAUAAGGCAGGCAGAAAAAAGUUUAAAAACUACUCUACUGAAAUGGAGGCCAGAUUUUGAAGUAGCAGCGGAUGAAUACACUCAUGCUGCUACUUGCUUCCGUAUAGCAAAAUCUUACAAGCAAUGCAAGGAUGCUCUGCUCAAAGCAGCCGAUUGUUAUAAGCAGAACAGAUCAUGGUUUCAUGCUGCCAAGAAUCUGGAACAAGUGCUGCUAAUAUGCAGGGACACUGGAGAUAUGGCAGAAAUCCCUAAACUGGCUCACUCUUCGUGUUCUCUCUAUCAGCAACACGGUUCACCCGAAUCCGGAGCAACUGUGUUGGACAAGGCUGGUAAAAUGAUAGAGAGUACCGAUCCAGAGGGUGCACUUCCACUCUUUCAGAGAGCUGCUGAAAUAGUUAUGGGAGAGGACAGCCCUCGCCAAGCAGCUGAAUACAUGAGCAAAGUGGCUCGCAUCAUGGUGAAAUUAAAGAUGUACGACCAGGCGGCAGAUGCAAUAAGGAGAGAAAUUGGAAUGCACCAGGCAAUAGAGCACGCCCCAUCUGUCGGUCGUUUGGCAGUGGUUCUAGUGUUGGUCCAAUUGGCUAGGGGUGAUCAAGUUGCUGCUGAAAAAGCAUUCAAAGAAUGGGGGAACUACUGCGAAGUAGCGGAGAUCCAGACUCUGGAGAUGCUGUUGCAGGCUUAUGACAAUGAGGAUGCAAAUAUGGCUAGAACCGCGCUCAACAGUCCCUUCAUCAAGCACAUGGACGUAGAGUAUGCCAAGCUCGCAAGAGGACUGCCGUUACCAACGACACAGGAAUAUGCUAUUCCACCGGUUGGUGUUAGAGCAAAUGCAGCUGCGACUUAUGUAUCGCCAAACACAAAUAAUCUUUCUGGCCAAGCUACCGUAGAGGCAGAAGUCAAUCAUAGGUCUGAUGAGGGCAAGGAAGAAGCAGCAGCGGCUGAGGUUAUCCCAGAUACUCCAACGCGUAGGGUACCUGAGAAAUACGAAGAUGAGGAAGAGCAAGAAAUGGCUGCGGCAUCGGCUGAGAGCCCUGAAGAAACAAAACCAGAGGAUGAGGAUGACUACGAAGGUGGCCUCUGCUGAUCAAUUUCCCUGUACAAGCCAUUUGUCUCAAGAUGCAUUUAAAUUUCAACUUCUCCCAAAGACAUUCCCAAAUCAACUAUCAGGGAAAGAAGGCAAACAAAAUGAAGUAGUGUAGAGAAGAAUAACGUCUGCCCUUUAAUACUAUUUCCGACGAUAUGCAAAUUACUCGCACGCUCCACAAUCUAUCCGCAUCUACACAGAAAACACACUCAAGAUAUGCUGCAAAAUUUUGUCCAUCGAUCGUAUAGCGGUUCGAUGCUUCCUGCGUUGUAAUUGAAUGUUGUCGAUUUAAGUUCUUUCGAGAGAUACAUUAUUGUCAAGAUAACUAUCAAUUAUUGCAUCGUUUGAAUAAGACGUUCAAUAAAGUUUGCGAAACGUGA